CACUGACUGCGACCUGCCAAGCUAUGGAAGGACUCCCGUCUCGGCGACGCACUAUGACGCGAACCACUCUAACGAUUGUAUUCUGCAUCGCUCUGCUACUAGCUGGGGGAGGAUUUGCAAGAGCCAUAGAAUUGAAGGGGACCCAUUGCCCAGGCCAAGGCAACCAGUGCUCGCAAAAUGGCGUAUGUGCGAUCAACCGACAGGGAGAGCACGUGUGCAAUUGCCAGUGGGGGUACAGCUCGCCUGACUGCUCCAUAAGGUUGUGUCCGCAUGGAGCCAACCCGACGUCGUCCCAACAGGAGAAUAAGAAGAUUCGCUUGCGGAUCGCAUCGACCGGCGGUGCCUUAAUCGUGGGUGGGGCAUUGGCGCUAACAUUCCAGGCGCACACGGUUGAGUUCGAGUUGCCGCUCGACCAGGUGACGAGCGAAGUUUGCACAAGUAUUUUCCGGCGUUUCCAAAACCUGGGAGAGUUGACGUGCGAACAAGGAGCUUUUGAUGGAUCUUCGUCGGCCACAUUUGACAUCACGCUUCGCACAUUUCCCACGUUUCCAAUCAUGAACAAUCUAUACUAUCAUUACGGCAACCCUCCAGUGUCAGAGUUCUGGUGUGACACAACCAAUGUCCAGCUUUCAUCCUCGUCGGGGUCAGUACAGUGUGUGUUUGAAAGCAUCAUCGAUGCCAACGUGAAUUCCUAUGAAGAGUGCAGUGGGCACGGCGACUGUAACACUGAAACGGGAGUUUGUGCUUGCCAUGAGGGGUAUUACGGUGAUCACUGUGGAGAUAACAAGGAUGACGAAGAUGUUCUGGUUGCACCGGCGCUGGGUCCACUCUUCAAGGGAAAUGUUCUGCGUUUAUCAGCGACGCGAGCUUUGUCCUCCGAAUUCCACCUUGUCCGCGCGGAAGCAGGAGGCGGACAAGCUGUUUUUACCAUGAAUGGACGUGGUGAUACUACUUGGCAUCACGGAUCAUUGCAACUUCGAGGAGGCGGGUUGUACAUGAGCGGUGGUAUAUUUCAACUACAAAAAGACAGCACCUUCGAGAUGAAAGACGGGCGUGCGCGCCUUCAAGAUACAUCGCUACAUUUGCAGCUGCAAACGGCCACCGAAACCUUUGUCAGCGGUGCUGCUUUGCUCAAUGUUGAACGACUUUCUGCAGCCUCGACGUCCAAAUUGUCAACACUCCCAGACUACAUGCGCAUUUCGCAGCCCAAAGGUCCCAUUCUGCGGGUUAGUGGCGCAGGACAGACCGUCAUCCACAGUGGCGGGCUAGAAAUUCUUAAAGGUGGUCUGAGACUCGAGCGCGGUGGUAUCCAGGUGCUUUCGGACGGGAUCAAAGUGAUGAGCGGAGGACUUGACGUCCAAAGCGGCAACUUAGCUGUGCGCUCUGGAACUUUAAGUCUGAAAAAUGGCCAGACAACGCUUACUGCACCUGCUGGUCCGGUACUAUUGCUACAGCGUGACAGCAGUGAUGGCAUGUCUUCAAGUCCGCUAAUCGAGGUUAGAGGUAGCAGAAGCAGCGAAAGUAAGGUUUUUGAAGUGCUUGAUUCGGGUUCGACGGUAGUGCACGGUGGUGGAGUGCAUGUUCUUGCUGGUGGUGUUACAAUCGCAUCCGGAGGCCAAACGAUCACGUCAGGUGGCCUACGUGUGGAGUCUGGCGGAAUCCAGAUCGAGUCUGGAAGCCUCACAACGCGAGAUGGUUUCUCAAUCGAAGAUGGUGGGCUAUCCGUCAAAACUGAGCAAGUGAACGGUAAAGCACUUCAUGUGACGUCGACCAACGCCAACUUUGCAGGUGCGUUGCUGAGCUUUGACCUCACUCGUCAUCGUCGCGAUACACCGCCGUUCCAGAGCGUGUUCUCCGUGGACUCACUAGGCAACUUGGAGACGCACGGAGACGUCAUUACAACAGACGGGGGGCGGAUUAUUACAAACGGAGCUCUGGUGGCUCAGGCACAGGCAGUCUUUUCGAGUAUUCAACUUCGCGCCUCCAAUGAACUCGUCAUCCCAAGCACCAACAGCUAUGUUCAGAUCACCAACGAUGGAGUCGCUUCUCCAAACAGAGCGAGUAUCGAUCGUGAACAUGCCUACGCUGGUCAAUUGCUUGUCAUCCAGAACGACGACGAACAACCGUUAGGUGGCGAACUGAACGUAGCAGCCGGUGCUGCAGCCAUUUUCGUGUUUGACGGCGGCGUGUGGCGUCCACUGACUGCGGCAGCUUUUGACACGUCGUCACUCACAGGCGUUAAGACUUUUGAAGCUGCAAACGAUCUCAACUUGGGCGAAAUCACGCUGUCGGUGCAGUCUGUUCAAGUGGCUGGACAACGUGCUGGCUUUGUGGCUGUGUACGGCAAAAGUGGCAUUUUGGAGCAGCAUGACGGUCUACGCUUUGAAGCCACCACGGGGACGUUGAGUGCUGAAAAAAUUGAGACCCAGCGCAUGCGUGGCUCCAUCGAUAUGCGUGAAAGCGAGCUGCGAGGCGUAGAAAUCGUCGGUGGUCACAUCAGCAACGUCAACAUGACGGCCAUCGAGAUGGUGGAAGUCCAGGGUGAGCUUUUUGUCGAGGACGAGGCCUUUUUUGGGGCAAGUGUGACUGUGGAUGGCCAAGUAAUGGGCUCAGGAGCCUAUGUGGAUGCAUCGGACGAGCGUUUCAAGCGCGACAUUCACCAGAUCACCAACGCGUCCGACGUUGUAGCUCAGUUGCGUGGUGUCGAGUAUGCGUACAACUCGGCAGAAUUCCCUAGCAAAUUUCCGCUCGACGGCCGACGUGAAUUGGGAUUCAUAGCUCAAGAAGUGGAGAAAGCAGCACCUCAAGUUGUGUCCACUGACGCUGACGGGUUCAAGUACGUGGCAUAUGCACGAUUGAUGCCCGUGGUGCGAGAAGCAACUCCAGCAGCUUGA